AUGGCAUUCCAUGAUUCCUUCUGUUCUUCACCAACGUUGCUUCUGUCUUUUCUUUCCUUCUCCUUCUUCUUAUUCUUCCAUGCUCUGUUCCAAUAUUCUGUCCUUUCCUCCUGCUUUGUACUAUUCCAGAGCUUUUUCGCUUACAAUACCUUCGUUUUCUUCAGUUUUUUCCAUCGACACAUGCACAAUUUACUUCGACGUUGGCACUAUUUUCUCGAAUUCUCAACUGGGUUUUCAUUAUCUUUGUAGCUAAAGGAUCAAUUCCCCAACAAUUCUCAUUGUUUCUCUGAGGAUUUUCUUUGUUACCUUCAUAAUUUUCAGCCAUUUCUUCUAUCUUUCUACCAUUUUCUUGCUGAUUUCUUCCCAUUUAGUAUUUAAAUUGUAUGAGGUUUAUCCCAUUUGAUCAAUGAGAUUAGCUAAGUUCAUGAAACUUGGGUUUUGUCACUUUUCAUGCUUCAAAGUAUUUUCAAUCCUCGAAAAAAUCUCUAUUUCCCAUCCUCAUAUCUACCUGUAAAUUGUUUGAGUUUCAAGUGUCUUCCAUUUUUAUGAUAUUGAUAUGAAUUGUGAGUUUUUGCUAUUUCUUAGCUUCCCCUCCAAUUGUUUUGUAAGCUAUAAUUUCAACUAAGUGAAAAUCAUAGCCUUGCAAUCCGUAAAAGACAUAUUUAGUAUUCUUCUGGUGACACAUUUGUUGUUCCUAUAUGAAUACACCAAGGGAAAGAUCUAGGGAGAUAAUUAUAUCCAGAGGUGAUAGAGAUGGUGAGGAACCAUCGAGUUUAAACAAAUCCCAGUUAACCACUGGCGGGACUAAAACUAUCCAUCCACCUAUUGAAAACCAUUGGCAUCUCCCUCCUCAAGAAAAUCACGAGCCUUCAAAUUCCGGCUUCAUGUCAAUGAUUUCUAAACCGCUCAAGUUUCGGGACUCAUGGAAGAAAAUUAGAAGGACUAAAAGCUUGCAAAUGGUACUCGAAGGAGCUCAUGAUCCAAAAGAUGAGAAACUUGUUGAGGCUUUCCGUAAAUUGCUUUUUGUUGAUGGUCAGUUCCUGGAAAAGCCCAAUGAUUAUCAUACUCUUUUACGGUUUCUACGAAUGAGAGAUUUUGAUCUUUCAAAAGCAAAGGAUGAGUUUCUGAAUUAUCUUAACUGGCGUGAAAGUUUUGGGGUUGAUAAAAUUUCCAAGGAAUUUAAGUUUGAGGAGUAUGCAAAGGUAAAGAUUUACUAUCCUCAUGGAUAUCAUGGGGUUGAUAGAUGUGGUAGACCAGUAUACAUUGAAAGGAUUGGGAUAGUAAACCUCAAUUCCCUACUGCAAGUAACUACCAUAGAAAGAUUUAUUAAGUAUCAUGUGUCAGAACAAGAGAAAUCAUUAAAUUUGAGAUACCCUGCGUGCUCAAUUGCAGCUAAGAGACAUAUAGCAUCCACCACAAGUAUCUUGGAUGUGAAUGGAGUUGGAAUGUCCAAUUUCUCAAAGCCUGCAAGAUUUCUCCUUACAGAAAUUAUGAAGAUUGAUAGCAAUUACUACCCAGAGACUUUAAAUAAACUCUUUAUCAUCAAUGCUGGAUCUGGGUUUCGGAUGUUGUGGAAAGUAAUCAAGACCUUUCUAGAUGCACGAACAAUGUCAAAAAUUCUAGUGCUUGGAUACGAUUAUGGUAGUAAACUGCGUGAAGUUAUUGAUCCAAGUAGCUUGCCAACUUUUCUGGGUGGGAGUUGCACAUGUUCUGACUAUGGAGGUUGCCUGUUUAGUGACAAAGGACCCUGGAACAAUCUAGAGAUCGUGGAAAUGCUUCAGUCAGUUUCUUCAGCAGAAGAUGUAUCUGAUAAUGGAGAAAAUGGUGGUGAAGUUUCAGAAGAUCCCUUCGAGCAAAGAUAUGAAGAGUUUAAAAAAAUCCUGGCAUUGGAAGCUGCACUUGGAAAUGCAAAGACAAAAAUUGAGGCACUGGAAACUGCCCUUGAGGACACCAAAAUGGUCUUGAAAGGACUUUCACAAAUUAUAGAAGAGCUGAGAUUGAACUUGUGAUGUUCGACUAUAUGACAAAACUAAUAAACUGAUAUGUUAAUUGCCUUCACAUUCUCUCUAGACUAGAUUGAAGAUUGGUGUGACCAAUCAGAAUUAGAAUUUAACAAUGGUAUGUCUCAUGUGCAUGUACAUUUAUAGGCACUUGCAAACGGCUGGAGCCAAAAAUGGCAAUGUUGAUGUAAAAUAACUAAAAUACAUACACUUUUUACGUUGUUUAUUAUCGAAUGUUAAAAAUAACUAAAUGGUCUCUUUUUAUCC